AUGGCAGCUGCAGAACUUAAUCAUAAUAAGAAGACAAGACUGGUGCUGAUCUUCGUCGGGUCAUUAAUUUGUGGAAUGCUUAUCCUUGCCUUGUUGAUCUUUUGUCUUAUCAAGAGGAGAAAAGAAGAAAGAGCAUCUGAGAACAAUGAGAAAGAUAUAGAGCUACCAAUUUUUGAUCUGACAACAGUUACUACUGCAACUAUGAACUUUUCUUUAACAAAUGUCAUAGGAGAAGGAGGGUUUGGAAUCGUGUACAAGGGUACAUUAUCAACGGGACAAGAAGUUGCAGUGAAGAGACUUUCUAAGAAUUCUGGACAAGAUCAAACUGAAAGCAAAACAGAGCGAGUUGUUGGAACAUAUGGGUAUAUGUCGCCUGAAUAUGCUGCAAUUGGGAAAUUCUCAGUGAAGUCUGAUGUUUAUAGUUUUGGAGUGUUGUUGCUGGAGAUAGUGAGUGGCAGAAAGAACCGGACAUUUAAACAUCCUGACCAUCAUCAUAAUCUAGUAGGUCAUGCAUGGUUAUUGUGGAAAGAAGGCAGGGCAAUGGAACUAGUGGAUGGCAUUUAUGAGCUAUCUUCCAAUGAAUCUGAAGUGAUUAAAUGUAUUCACAUAGGUCUAUUGUGUGUUCAAAAACUACCGGAAGAUAGACCAACAAUGUCAUCAGUUGUUGUCAUGUUGAGCAAUGAGGGUGUGAUAUUGCCACAACCUAAAGAGCCUGGUUAUUUCAUGGAGAUAAGUUGCACCGGAACAGAUAUGUCAACGAGUGAAGAAAGAUGUCUCACUCAUAAUGAGGUGACAACGUCCGUGCUGGAAGCAAGAUAA